GUAUCUGACAGUGUACACCAUCAUCAUGGGCGCAGACUGGCUUCAGGGGACGAACAUGUACACACUCUACCAGAGCUACGACGUGGACAUCAGCACGUUGUUCGUGACAGGCUUCACUUCAUCUGCUAUUUUUGGAACGAUCGUUGGCAU